CCCACAUCCGAUGUUUAUGUCGCUACAGAGUGUUCCUAAUGCUCCACGCAUGUCUUACAUCCCUGCACUUCAUCCUUUUCCUUUUCCUCCCUUCACGCCAAAUACUUUCCCACCACUACAUCGAAAUGGAGUUUUGGUAGGACAUUACAACAGCGAAUGUCCACCUCAGCCCCGAAAGUUAUUUAUUGGUGGUUUGAGUCACGAAACUACCGACGAGCAGCUACGGCAGUAUUAUUCACAAUGGGGUACUGUGGUGGACUGUAUAGUUAUCAGGGAUCCACAGACAAAGUAUUCACGUGGAUUUGGAUUUGUUACAUUUGCAACUAUACAAAUGGCUGAGGCUGCUAUGGCUGACAGACCUCACACUAUAAACAAUAAGGUGGUUGAUCCAAAGCGGGCUAUACCUCGUGAACAGAUGUCACCCCUCCUUCCGAAUCAUCCUCCAUCGUUCCUAGAAAUUGAGCCUGAUCCGGGAUGCAAGUUAUCCUUAUCAGGAAUACAUUGGGCAUGGCACACUGUUGAUGACUUGCGACAGUAUUUUGACAAUUUCGGGACUGUUGAGCAAGUUGAAAUUUUGGGCAAUCCUAGAGGACUUGGUUUUGUUGUUUUCGAAAGCAAACCUUCCGCAGAUAAAUGUUUGGAACAUGGGAAAAUCCACAUAAUCAAUGGCCAGAAAUGUGAAAUUACUCGCAACCCAAUUGAACAUUCCAUCUAUCAGCGCAAUGAUACGUAUGAUGGUAAUGAUUCGGAAAUAGUCGACGAUCAACCUGAUUCUGCUAGUGCCAGUGGGCACGAAACACCCGAUGACGGCUCUGUAAAAGCUCUUGAGAAUGGCUUCGCGAACAGUUUGAGCUUCGUCGAGACGGAAAAUGCUUGCAGUUCCUGUGAUGCUGAUGCUGUUCAGAAAUUGAAGAGAAGUGCAGAAAACAAGAAAGUUAUCAAACUGUCAAAAACAGAGGAGGAUGUAAAUGUAAACUCCGCCAAAGAGGUAGACGAUAAAAAGGAUGUGAAUGAUAAGCGGGAUAAAAAGAUACUGAGAACUGAUAAGAAGAAGGUUAAGAAAACAAGCAAAAAUUAGGAAGUGUAAGCUCAGGAUUAGUGGCAGUUUAUUCUAUUUUGUUUUUUUUAAUGUUUUGACUACUGAAAUAGCUGUUCCGAAUUCAUGUCAUUCUUUAUGUUCUGCAUUCUAUUUCUCUAACUCUGUUUCAGUCAGCGGACUUCUGCUUAGUUGCCUUACUGCUAGUAAUACUGUAUUUGUAAAUGACUUAUAGAUACUGGGAAUUUUUUGUGUAGCGGUCAUUUAUAUAGUUACAUCUAAUGCUUUGUUUGAUUGCAAGAAUAGCUAGUAUUUUUCUUUCCUUUUCUG